AUGCGAUCGGCAGCGGCCAAGGAGAGUCUGAGGGAUUCGUCCAAGGCGUCGUUGUCACCGUCACGUAGCGCCACUAUCGCACCGGCGCUGUCUUCGUCAUCGGCCCUGACCCCCGACCAAGAGGCUGCAGUGCAGGAGGCGGUGAUGAAGCAGCUUAUGAACUACGGAGAGGGGAUGGUCUCCAAGGAACAUAGGGCGACGCUGGCAGAGUAUGCAGCGUGUGUAUUGCAGACGCAGACAACAGUGAGUGAGAUGGUCAGCGAGAUGGAGCAGUUCUUGCAGGAGAACGCGGAGGGUUUCGUCGAAUGGCUGAUAGCAUUCUGUGAGAAUCACGGGCUGCCUCAUCCCGAGAGGAAAGCUAAGAAAGUUACUCCGCGAGGUGGUGGUCUUUUCUCAAAGGCGUUGCGGGCAGCCACUGGCCAGCCGCCUGCGAGUUCGUCGGGUCUCGCGGUAACUAGCAACGAUGCAUCACCAUCUGGGGGAGCGGCAGGACGUCAACCUGGCUCUGGGACGAAGCGGGGCGCGGAGGAUAAGGGAGGUCCAGAUGGGGCCAAUAAGAUUGCUCGCCGAGAGAUGAGAGCCAUUGCGCGGCAAGCUGAUGCAGUGAACUCAAAGAGAGCCUCCACUCUUCUGGCGUCGCAGGAUGAGAACAGACAUCCUGUCCGGUUACUCGGACGCAAAGAGCUGAACCAGAGGGCGGUCGCAACGGUGAGGAAAUCGCUCGGUGAGGCUCCGACCGCCGGACAUUCGGGCGAUCGAAGUGCCUCCGAAGGCGCUCUCGGUCCACUCAUUCGGCCCGUCCCUCCCCCUGCCUAUCAGCCGCCUCUCGGACGAGCUUCUCGUGUACAACCUGAGGGCCUCCCACCCACAAGGCAACAGAAAGGAGGAGGGUACGUAGCCCAAGUUCGGGACGGGGUUGAAAUGGCCCCCCAUCAGCCGUCUCCGCCGCCUGUACCACCACCAACACAACCGCAGGCCCGUCAGGCUCCCUUCGCCGCGCCGCCCAUUACAACCCCACAACAUAGGGAGCAGCGUGGUCGGUCAGGGAACGAGGAUGGAUACAAGUGGCGAGCUAUUCGAGACGACGCUCUGGUCCGUGCUACUUGUGAGCCGGACUCAGCCCCUGUUGCAUCCAUCACCAAUGGAGAGAUUGUAGAACAAUGCGGUCAACGAAUAGUGCUUCAAAGCGGCAUCAUUCGCAUACAAAUUCGACAUCCGUCACAUCCAAGCUUCCCGGCGCCACUCGGUUGGGUUACUCUCACUGCGGAAUCAGCUGGUGGUGUGCGGUACUUCGAGAAGGGUCCGGAUAAGGUCCGAUAUAAUGACUCUCAGACGUCCGCUGUGUACGGUGGUAAGGGUGGCAAAGGGAAAGGAAAGGGCAAAGGCAAAGAUAUUACGCUGGCUCGUUUUCUCCAUCGUGGGCUGGCGGAUACUCUAGUGGGUAUCAUAAGCCGAGCUAUAUGA